CAAUAAAAGCUUAUUUACCAACAUUUCCUUAAAUGGAUAUAUAGCGUUUAGUAAUUCAACUCUUCAUCCCAUCAUGCUCACUCAUUAUGUUUCUACCUCUACCUGCAUGUGGUGCUUAGCAGCAACCUGGGUCUAGCCCUGUCAUCCGGACAGCUGAAGCGGCUGAGAGACAUGGUGGUGAAACAGAGUGGAGCUGGGAAACAUGGCGGCCAGAGUGACAGCUAAUGAGAGCCAGGUGGAGGAUCACUGGAGAGUGAAAAUACAGAAUUCCGGUCCAAGCAGCAGAACUGUCAACCAUGGGAGCCAGAGUGACAGCUAGUGAGAGAGAGGUGGAGGGGCUGAAGAGUGAGAAAACAGGUUUGGAGGCCAGACUCAGUGCCAGUGAGAGCCAGGUGGAGGAGCUGAAAGGAGAGGUGGAGGAGCUGAAAGGAGAGGUGGAGGAGCUGAAAGGAGAGGUGGAGGAGCUGAAAGGAGAGGUGGAGGAGCUGCAGAAAGGUGGUGAACCAGAGAGUGGAGAUGAGUCACUAAGACUGAACUGCACUUCCACAAAAACAAGGUGGAGGAACUGGAGAGAGAAAAUGCAGGCCAUGCAGCCCCGUCCCCCAGUAGUCUCACCUGUACAGGCCAUGCAGCUCCGUCCCCCAGUAGUCUCUGUACAGGCCAUGCAGCCCUCGUCCCCCAGUAGUCUCCACUGUACAGGCCAUGCAGCCCCGCCCCCAGUAGUCUCCACCUGUACAGGCCAUGCAGCCCCGUCCCCAGUAGUCUCACCUGUACAGGCCAUGCAGCCCGUCCCCAGUAGUCUCACCUGUGCGGCCAUGCAGCCCUGUCUCAGUAGUCUCACCUGG